CAAGAACAACAACCACAACGAGCGGAAAAGAGAGGGCAAAAAGUACAGAGCCACAGACAUGAAGGAGUACAGCAAGACAAAGGACACAGCACACAGGACCCUGCCAGACCGCAAUUGAGGGAUAUACACAUAUAUAGAUAGAUAUUUAGAUACGCCAUAAAGAUAGAGAAGGGCAGCUGCAAUUUAUAUAGAGAUCUGCAGAUACAGCCACAGAAAUCAAUUGCCCCAAAAAAGGAUUUAAACUCAAAGGAGAGUGGGGCAAGCAGCAGCAGUGGCACAGCAGCAGCAGCAGCAGCAACACGACACCCAAAGGAGGCUGUAAUGACGACAAUUGACGCGAUGUAGCGCAGACUUAUGGUCGGCGAACGCGACAGGGACCGUGAGGCGGUACGCUGGGCAACGGGUGAAUUAACACCGCUUCAACACAAUAAUGGAGUAUUACAAAUGGUCGGGCAAUUGCAUGGUGGACAGGCUGCUGGCCAACAACAGCAACAACAACAACAACAGCAACAAUCGAACCAACAGCUGCAGCAAUCAAAGCAGCAACAGCAGCAGCAACAGCAACAACAACAACAGUUGCAACAGGAUCUGCUCUAUCAGCAACAUCACGAGGCAAUUGCACGCGGACUGCAGCUUGCAGCUACAGCUACCGGACCUGCCGACAUCGGCGAUAAUCAGCCCUACUACGAUACAAGCGGUAAUGUCGAUUGGGAGAGAUCAGCGAUGGGAACCGGUGGAGCUAGUGCAUAUGGUGGCAUCGGCCUCGGAUCUGUGGCAGCAGCUGGCUGCCCUGCUUAUAACAUUGGGCCAAGUGCUGCCGGCGGCCCAAUGGUCCUCAACAAUCGCCACAUGGAUUAUGCUGAUGGCAGCCACCCUGCUGGCCCAUCCGCCCCAGCAUCAUCCAUCGGCGGUGUUGGCAUCCUGGGAGCUAUUGCUCCAUCUACUGCUGCAGGACUUGGCGGCGGAGGCGGGUCCGUACAGGGAUCGGUAUCCGGAUCGGGUGGCGGCGGCGGCGGUGGCGGUGCCAUUGGCAAGGAAGUUCGUUACGCUCCAUUCCCAGUUACAUCACCAACGCAUUCAAAUCCCACAACUUCCCAGCAGACUCUGGCGGCAGCUCAACAGCAGCAGCAGCAACAACAGCAGCAGCAGCAAAUGGCACUCGCUGGGUCAUCCGGUGGUGGUGGAGCCAGCGGCGUCCCAGGUGGUGGCAGCAUUGGCGGCCCCGCUGGCGGUUCCACAUCUAAUGCCGGCGUCAGCGGCAUUGGCGUUGGCAUUAGCAUUGGCGUCGGCGGUAUUAGCCAAAGCAACACUACCACCGGUGCACUACAGCGGACACAUUCCAGAUCCAUGUCCUCCAUACCGCCCCCCGAGCCGUUCAUGAUAGCCCAAUCGAAGGCACUGAACAGCCGCGUCUCCAUCAACGUUGGCGGCGUCAAGCAUGAGGUGCUGUGGCGAACGCUGGAGCGGUUGCCACAUACGCGGCUGGGGCGGCUCAGGGAGUGCACCACCCACGAGGCCAUCACAGAGCUGUGCGACGAUUAUUCGCUCGUCGAUAACGAGUACUUCUUCGACCGCCAUCCGAAGAGCUUCAGUUCGAUUCUGAACUUCUAUCGCACCGGGAAGCUGCACAUUGUGGACGAGAUGUGCGUGCUUGCGUUUAGUGAUGAUCUGGAGUACUGGGGCGUUGACGAACUGUAUCUGGAGUCGUGCUGUCAGCACAAGUACCAUCAGCGCAAGGAGAAUGUCCAUGAGGAGAUGCGCAAGGAGGCCGAAUCGCUGCGUCAGCGGGAUGAGGAGGAAUUUGGCGAAGGUAAAUGCGCCGAAUAUCAAAAGUAUCUGUGGGAGCUGCUCGAGAAACCGACAACAAGCUUCGCGGCACGGGUUAUCGCAGUGAUAUCCAUACUAUUCAUAGUCCUGUCUACCAUAGCCCUGACGUUGAACACCCUACCACAACUACAACACAUUGACAACGGUACACCACAGGAUAAUCCGCAAUUGGCAAUGGUUGAGGCCGUGUGUAUCACGUGGUUCACUCUAGAGUACAUACUUAGGUUUAGCGCCUCGCCGGACAAGUGGAAGUUCUUUAAGGGCGGCCUUAACAUAAUCGACCUAUUGGCAAUACUCCCAUACUUUGUUUCGUUAUUUCUAUUGGAAACGAAUAAGAAUGCAACGGACCAGUUCCAGGAUGUGCGCCGGGUGGUGCAAGUAUUUCGCAUUAUGCGCAUCCUGCGAAUCCUUAAGCUGGCCCGUCACUCAACGGGCCUGCAGUCGUUAGGCUUUACGCUGCGUAACUCAUAUAAGGAACUCGGUCUACUAAUGCUGUUCCUGGCCAUGGGCGUUCUCAUAUUUUCUUCGCUGGCAUAUUUUGCCGAAAAGGAUGAAAAGGAUACAAAAUUCGUUUCAAUACCGGAAACAUUUUGGUGGGCGGGUAUUACAAUGACAACUGUUGGCUACGGGGACAUCUAUCCCACAACUGCACUGGGAAAGGUUAUUGGUACUGUGUGUUGCAUAUGCGGUGUUCUGGUAAUCGCUUUGCCUAUUCCCAUCAUCGUUAACAAUUUUGCUGAAUUUUAUAAGAAUCAGAUGCGACGCGAAAAGGCCCUCAAGCGCCGUGAGGCACUCGAUCGCGCCAAGCGUGAGGGCAGCAUUGUCUCCUUUCAUCAUAUCAAUCUGAAAGAUGCCUUUGCCAAGUCCAUGGAUCUCAUCGAUGUGAUUGUCGACACAGGCAAGCAGACGAAUGUCGUGCAUCCGAAGGGCAAAAGACAGAGCAACCCCAAUAUAGGCAGGCAAACACUCGAUGUGCAGAGCGCUCCAGGCCACAAUAUAUCGCAGACGGACGGGAACAGCACCGAAGGUGAUUCGACCAGCGUUAGCCGCAAUCCGGCAACCACCGGCACCGGCUGCUACAAGAACUACGAGCACGUAGCCAACAUGAGAAACAGUCUGCAACAUCGUCGCGGAUCCAGCUCUGAGCAGGAUGCUGUGCCGCCGUACAGCUUCGACAAUCCCAAUGCCAGACAGACCUCAAUGAUGGCCAUGGAGAGCUACAAAAAGGAACAGCAAGCGCUGCUCCAGCAGCAACCGAAGCCCCCACAGAUGCCGCCUGCCACAGCGGGAGUAGGAGUGGCUGCAGCAGGAGUAUCUGCCACAGGUGGCGGUGUUGCCAAUAAUCUGGCCAUGGUGGCUGCCUCGAGUGCAGCAACGGCAGUGGCCACGGCCAGCAGCAGCAGCCCCCCCGAUGGUGCCCAGGCGGAGGAUGACAUGACAAGUGCAUCGAACCAGAAGGGUCUGCCCAUUCAGAUGAUGAUAACGCCCGGGGAAGUGGCCGAACUGCGACGCCAAGUGGCGCUCGAGAAUCUGCAGAAUCAGCGCAUGGACAACCUGGAGCAGGAUGUGCCCGUGGAGUUCGAGUGCUGCUUCUGCACCACCAAGGACUUCAAGGAGUACACCGACGCAGAGGGGGUGAUCGCGCUGCCCACUUCGGACUUCCACAAGCCGAUCUGCCUGGAGAUGCGUCUGGCGGCGGCCAAUCGGCAGGCCAACCAGUUCGGCCUGCUUGCCCCCCAACUGGCCCCACCGCCACACAGCUACCAGCGCCACCAGGCGGUGGGCGUGGGUCCGCUGAUGUCCCUGCCACCGCCACCGCCCGCCGCUGGCAUCCUGCUGCCCGUGUACACCAGCACCAGUGGCAGUGGCAGUGCCAUGCCCAUCAUCUCGCAGUCGUCGUCCACAUCGUCGUCGUAUGGCACCACCACCUCGACGACCAUUGCCCUGCCCCUGGACGCGUCCAUGCGCUUCGGUGCGACCAUCUCCAGUGCCGCCAAUUUCAACCACAACUACAACAACAACUUCAACACCACCACCACAGUGGGCGCUGCUGGCGGCAUGGGCGGCGCCAAUGGUCUGCUCCUGUUUGGGGGAAACUUCAGCAGCCACUACGGGGCGGGCAGCGGCAGCGGCAGCAGCAACAACAACAACAAUGCGGACCUGGCCAGCGUCGACAGCUCCGACACGUACGCCAGCUGCCAGACGCAUCCGUUCCUGUCGCAGGGCGACCUCACGGCGGACUUCAACGACGAGGCCUGUGCCCUGGACAUCGACAUGGACAAUCUGUACAUAAAUCCGCUGGAGCGCGAAGGCCACCACCACCACCACCACCACCAUGGCAUCAGCAGCUCGACGGGCUUCAUUGUGGGCCUGCCAGCCACCAUCUCCUCCUCCUCGUCGGCGACGGGUCUACGCGCUCAGGUGAAGAAGAGCGCCUCGGGGGACACGGCGCUGCGCAACCUGGCCGCCGGUGGCGGAGGAAUGAGUCCUCUGGACGAUGUCUACCAGAACUUCGAUGUCCAGGAGCGUGGCAGCCGCGUCAGUCUCAACGAGAACUCUGUGCCAAAGCACCGCAAGACGCGGUUCCAGCAAAGCUUCACCGCGAUGCGGCCCAGUCCGAGCGGCGGCAGUGUGGCACGUCCGCGUGCCCGCUUCGAGGACACCAGGCUGGACGACGAUGCGUGUGGCCGGCUGGAUGGAUCCGGCGGAUUGGGUAGCAGUUCUGCGGCCAGCGGAAGUGCUGCCGCCGGCGGGGGCCCAAAGAAGAAGCGUUCGGUAUUCACGCCGGGCAAGAGCUUAGCCACUGCCACCAAACUGAUCAAUCAGCAUUUGUUUGGCAUUCAGAAUGCCGGCUCCAAAGCCAAGUUCGAGAGCAAGCAUUCCUCAUCAAUAGACUCGAUUGAUGCGUCACCCAAUCUGGAGCAUCACAGGCGCUCCAAGUCGAUACUGAAAAACAAGUCUGAUAUCUCACGCGUCCUGUCCGAUCCGGAGAGCGAGCGCCUCCUGGCGGACAACAUGUCCGGCUCGGGCGUCUCCGACAACGGCACUGUUAUGGGCGAAUCUGGCAGCGAUUACUCACCGAAUAAAUUACCUCAUUCAGUUUUAGCCAAGUCUAUAUCCCCACCACCCCUCAGGCACCGUACCCUAAUGCACCAACGCUCAGGACCUGCGACAUUGCAAUCAUCAUCAUCAUCAUCGAAACCAACCAAGUUCCAGACUCCGCGCUAUCCCGAGGAGCAGGCCCUGCGCCAGGUGAAGCCGCUCCUCUCACGCUCCAGCAGUGCGGCAGCGUCGCAGGCUGCCGCUGGCUCCACGGAUGGACAUCACACCAGGGACAGCAGUCUGGACUCCACAGACACCAACAGAAACACCACAAAAAACACCUCAUCAUGGAAGAGUGACAGGCGAGCAAGAAGCUACUCCGAGACGACCUUCACCUCGCCAGUGAGCAGUCGAGCAGGAGAGGAGAUCGCUGCCGCCACUGUCACUGCUGCUGCUGCUCUGCCCUACACAGAGGAUCGCCAAGCUGAUGCUGAUGCUGAAGCCGAGGCCGAGGCCGAAGCUGAGGCCGAAGGUGAAGCAGAAGCCAAUGAUGAGCAACGGGCGCUGCUUCAGCGACGGGAUGGUGCCGAUACCAGCGGAGAUGGCCAUGCCAGGGGCGGCGAUCCCACGUAGCAAUUAGUUAACACAAACACAAACACAAACACAAAAACAACAAACACAACAAACAGAAACAGAUACAAAAGGGAAAACUCAAAGUGAUAGCAAAGUUAGCAAACAUGGAAUGUGAAUUAUAUAAAAGCAAUGAACAGUAUCCUAGUCUAGUGAGAUGGAGUGGAGAUGCAGGAGAAGUAGGAGGAGAGACCCGUGUAGAGAUGAAACGCACGACUCGCAGGAGGAUCGUCGCUGAGCCGAAGGGAGUAUAGCAUUAGGAAUACAACAUUAUAUACAUACAUACAAGACAAUAGUAAUACUACUUACUACUGCUGAUGAUAACGCUUAAACGAAUUGUAUGUAAUAAUGUGUAAAUAAUAGCAAAGAGCCAAUCCAAAGCAGAGUAGAG